AUGUUUCAAUCCGUUGCAGUAUGUAAACUAUCAAACGAACCUUUCUUGCUUAUUACUAACAGCCAGUCUUACUUGGACAAUCCAAACGUCAACUGGAAGGCCAUUGUGACCUCCCUUUUGGUUGGAAAAUACGCCUUCGAGACGUAUAUCAACUAUAGACAAUACCAGGUGUACCAUAAUAAGAAAGCUCCAGCAUCCAUUGAGAAGGAGAUUUCGCCAGAGGUGUUUCUUAAAUCCCAGGCUUACUCGCGUGCCAAGUCUAGAUUUGGGUUCUUUGCUGAUGCCAUUGACUUGUUGAAGGAGUUGGCUGUGGUGAAGUUUGACGUGUUGCCUCGCCUCUGGUCUGUUGCCGGGUGUAUUUCUGCUCGUUUGGGUGGUGUUAAGUACAUUGGUGGCUUUUUCGGCGCUAGCGUGAUGCUGCAGAGUCUUGUUUUCUUUGCUGUGAACACUGUGCUUUCUACUUUGGAGGAGUUGCCUUUGUCUUACUAUAAGACCUUCAUUCUUGAACAGCAGUGGGGUUUCAACAAGACAACUGUUGGCACUUUCGUCAAGGACACUUUGAAGUCGCUUAUCCUCGGUUUGACCAUUUCUUCGCCUUUCAUCUACUUGUUUUUGAGAAUUAUCGACGCUUACGGUACUGCUUUCGUCAAGUAUGCCAUGGGCUUGACUUUGGCUGCUUCCUUGAUUAUCAUGACCCUUGUUCCAACCUUGAUCCUUCCACUCUUCUAUAAGAUGACUCCAUUGGAGGAAGGCGAAUUGAGAACUGAGAUUGAGGCUUUGGCCAAGAGAAACAACUUCCCACUUACCCACUUGUACGUUAUUGACGGUUCCACCAGAAGCUCCCACUCGAACGCUAUGUUUGUCGGUUUGCCUUGGAGUAAGAAGAUUUUGCUUUACGACACCUUGAUUGAACAGAGCACUGUCCCUCAGGUCGUAGCUGUAUUGGCCCACGAGAUUGGACACUGGAAGUUGAACCACUUGCCUCAGAUGUUGGCCGUUUCCCAGGCUACCGUGGCAUCUACAUUCAUCUUGUUCUCCACUUUCCUCACCAACAGGUCGCUUUUCAAGUCGUUUGGCUUCCCAGCUAACGCUCCUCCAAUGAUUGCAUUCAUUCUCUUUUCCUAUGUCAGCUCGCCAUUGAACUGUUUCUUCCAGUUCAUCAACAACCUUCUUUCUAGAAAGAACGAGUACCAGGCUGAUGGAUACGCCCAGCUGCAAGGCUACAAGGACGAAUUGUCGACUUCUUUGAUCACCAUGUCCACCGAAAACUUGAGUUCCAUGAACACUGACUGGUUGUUUUCCUCUUACAACCACUCUCACCCAAUUUUGGCCGACAGAUUGAGUGCUCUUGGUUACAAAUCACAGGAGAAGGUGGGUAACAUCCAGGUUGACAUUGAGAAGAAGGAGUCUGACAAGACAGAAAAAUCCGAUUAA